AGAGAGAGAGAGAGAGAGAGAGGGGAUAUAGGACGGGCAUCACACGGAGGUUGGGCUGCAGACUGGUCGGGAUCCGUUUCGCCGCCGCGGUCGCUUCAGACGCAUCAGGUCCAGACGAGAGUCACUGAAGACUGAAAGGGAAAGUGAGAAGGAUCGAGACAUCCAGAGAUCCCAGGCUUGGUGGCUACAUGCUCAGCUCUCUUUGCUUUUGAGAAGAACAACUACAACGAAUCAGCAGGAAUCAUGGAUUUUGUAAUGAAACAAGCUUUAGGUGGGGCCACCAAAGACAUGGGUAAGAUGUUGGGUGGGGAGGAGGAGAAGGACCCGGAUGCAGCCAAGAAAGAGGAGGAGCGGCAGGAGGCACUGAGGCAGCAAGAAGAUGAGAGGAAGGCCAAGCACGCCCGCAUGGAGGCAGAGAGGGAAAAAGUACGGCAGACCAUCAGGGACAAGUAUGGGCUGAAGAAGAAGGAGGAGAAAGAGGCGGAGGAGAAAGCGGCCAUGGAGCAGGCCUGCGAGGGGUCGCUGACACGCCCGAAGAAGGCGAUCCCACGGGGAUGCGGGGACGAUGACGAAGAGGACGAGGAGAGCAUUCUCGACACUGUCCUCAAGUUUCUUCCCGGACCUCUACAGGACAUGUUCAAGAAGUAAAAGAAAAAAGCAAAACAAAUCAAACAAACCCUAAAUUCAGGGUCCAGUCUGGCUUGGGCUAGGCUGCGGGGCAACGGGAGGCAGGGGUGAUUGCGUCGGGGACUUUGGGCAACGGGAGGCGGGGAUGAUUGCGUUGGGGACUUUGGGUGUAUAGGGUUGAGUGAACUUGCAGGUUUGGGGAAAAGAGAGACUGGGGUGAUUGGUUCGGGUAUUUUUACGCAGGCAGGGUUUGAGUGUAGAUUCGGGGCACGUAGGAUUUGGGAGGGGGGUUCUUGCCAAACUGUUAGAGGCUACACACUGCCUUUCUAGAAAUCUUUUACUUUGUUCUUUUCUACUCCUCGACGAUUGCGUCAUUCUUCCCCUUUUUAUUUGCCACGAUUGCUGUACAACCUUUCAGCUGCCACUUAGCACAUUUCUUACUAUUAGUACGUUUUGUGUCCUUUACCUGUUGUUAUUUUUACACAGAUUGAGGCCAGACAUUUCGAUUGGUUGGCCAUCAUCUGUUGCCAAGCAAUGGUGACCAAUGGAGAACAGUAUUCCCUUAAAGAAGGGCAGCGGACACCUCUGUCCUCUCGCUUUUGUGGUUUUUCAAAAGGCACUGCCACCAUGUUUUCCAGUAGAUGGAGCAUGUUGUGUUUAUUUUAAUAGGUGUUUUCUACUUUUAUGAACCUGGUGUAGGUCUUUAUAUUGAAAAAAAAAAGAAAAUCAGCAUUUGAGUUUUUAGGACAUGUGCCUUCAUAUCAUCUCCUCCAGCAGAGGAAUUGUAAAUGAGGGUUUCAUUUUCAGUCAGACAAGUGUACAGCAUGUAAACACGCGUUCAAAGUAUGUACUUCUGGAAAUUGUGUGAAGGUCCAACAGUUCACAAAACUAUCCAAAAGGUAAUCUUACUUUUACAAAAGCUACACUUUCUAAGCCUGUCAGCUAGUUAGACCGAAAAGUAAAAUUUACGAUCUAGAACGUGUCAAGAACUCAUGUCUGUAUAUGAAUUUUAAAUCAAAUGGAUUUUGGAAUACAUUUUACUGAGCUCAAGCUAUCAUCCCUGCAGGCAAACAAGACUCAUUUGACCUUGUUUGAAACCCAUUUGAAAUUACUGCUGUUUUGUCAAGAAAUUACAGAUUUACAAAUUAAACUUCAUGAUUUUAGGUUGUGUGGUCCCCAUAGACAAUCAGAGUAUUGACCACUUGGAAACAGUGGGGGUAGCCGGUACUGUACAUGUUGUCAUUUCCUGUCAUAGCAUCUAUGAUUGCUUAAAAGUGGGUUCUACAUUAAGCACUUCAUUAACUGAUUGCUAUUAAGUGUCUCUUAAUUUAAACUAUUUAUUUUUUCUUCUUCAUACAUGAAUGCAAAUACCAGGCAAUGUCUGGAUUUUAUUUUAUUUUUACUUAACUACUUUUUGUGAAUGUGCUGCCAAUUUAUUUUAAUGCAACCGAAAUUGUGAUUGAAUUCACAUUCCAGCUGAGCUAACCUUUCCACUCACCAUUUAAUGCAAAAGUUCACCUUGAUCGAAGUUCAUCAACAUCGAGACCAAAGAAAUACUGGUGAGACCUUACGAUUUCUUUUGUCAAAGCCGAGACAAAGACCUGCAUGUCGAACCUGGUUUUUAUCAUGCGUGCGAGGCCUGCAGGAGAAUCGCAACAGCCCGUUCAGUGUGUGCAUGCAUCCCAAAGACCACCACUAAACUAAAAUGAUACUCUCCUAUUUCCUCUAAAGUAUUACAUGGCUAAAUGAAACUAGAUCAUUUAACUGUAGACUGAGCCUGAGAAAACCGGUCUGUGAGUCAUCGCAUCUCACUACCUGAAGAGCUCACUUAGAGCCAAGUAUAUUCUGCAUCCUGCAUCUCUUAAUCCAAUGAAAUAUCAUAGUGAUUUGUCAUAUAGCAUUUAAGUAGAUGUGCUGUAAAUGGAAACAAUCUCUAUUUAGUGAAACUACCUUAAUAUAUAGACAUUUAUCAGUAAAACAAAGCAUGUUGGUUAUUCCUAAAUGAUCUGGUGGCUUUUCAGUGGUUAGUUAUGCGACGAUGUAUGAUUAAUACAUUGUUCCACAAGUUUGUAACUUAAAAUAACAUUACGGUUUGAUAAGACUAUUGAUGGAGUUGUCAUAAGCACUAUAAAAAGCAUUUUCCUUUUUCUUUUCAUUUUCUAGCUCAGAUAGGACUUUUCACUAGACAAAGCCAUAUUGUUUAGAUUGCAAUAAUUACUUAAAAUUAUUAAAAAAGAGAAUAUUUCAACAUCGAAAGUUAAGUGUCUCAUGUUUGUUUUCUGUAAAAUUAGAGAAAAGAUAUUUGCAUAUCUGUUUGUAAAUCCUCGCCAUUCUUGUAUCUUUAAAGAUGUAUACUAAUGUAUACACAGAGAAAAUGUAUGUAGAAAAAAGAAGCCAUUGUUAUAACUGUCUCAGUGUACUACAUGUGUACUGUAAGUGUGUGUGUGUUUAUAUGUGUGUGUCUUUCUACAUGUCUGUGACGUGAGACCAUGUUGUUGACUCAUAUAGUCCUGGUUUAUACUACGUAAAUGUGUCUUUGAACUAUUUUGUGCACAGGCUGAAGCUAUGGCGGCUCCCUAGUUGUUGCCAUGUCUAAAGAAAAAAAAAUACUUAACACAUUCCUUUCUAAUGUUGAGCAUGCAAAAUGUUUGGUAGAAAAGAGAAUACACCAAAUAUCAAAACACAAAAAAAUAGACAAUGUCCUGUUUCUGUAGGAGUCUCCAGGCAACAGAAUCUGUGCAUUGGAUCCAGAAAGGUCAGCUGUGCGAUGGGCUUGUUGAGUGUUCGAUGUUCUUUGUUGUCUAAGAUUUGGUGAAGCUUGAGGCCGUGAUUACACAGGAGCUUUAGCUGAGACACAGCGCUUGUCUGUGAGUGUUACUACAAAAAAAGCUGUGUCCCAGUUUUGCACUAUAAGCUUGUAGUUGCAGUAGUAGUGCGGCAUCACAUUGGAAAUGUGGCAAAAUUAAGCAUACUCAGAGAUGUCAUACUGAGUUUGCUUGCUUUAUGAGUUGUUGAAGGUAUUCAAUCUUCAGACAAAUAAUUUGCUUUCUUGUUAACUUUUCAAAUUUAAACCAGACAUUGGUGCACAGAAGUCACAGUUUGGUUAAUGUCUGUUGUUACACAAAACAUUUAGAUGAUUCCUUACCAAAUUAGUAUGGUCAAAUACUGUAUGCUUUAUUAUUGCAAGGAUGUUCACAAGGCCGGGCUAAAUUUGCCCGAGCAACAGCCCGUUUGCCCCCCUCUGGAAAAGAAAAGGAAGGGAAAAUAAUGUUUUUGGCUGUUGGGGCUGCAUAAAUACAAGUUAGACCAGGUUAAAGCACCAUAUUAUCCAAACUUGUAUUACUUUUUGACACUUACGCAUCAUGUCGCGCAAUAUUUUUUAUAUUAUGUCGUCACAUGAACCUAGCUAGCUAGCUGGCUAAUAUGUUGGCAGCAGUCUACAUGCAAUAUUGUGCGACAUGACGCAAACGUGACAAGCUGAGAAAGAAGCUCAGUCAUCACAGUAUAUGGUCAGCCUAUUUCCAUGACCACUCAUUCCAGUUUGUACACUUUUUUGUCUCCCUUCAGUGAAAUACGAUUGAGACGUAUUUAGCCCCAUGUUGGUUAAGACUAAUUUGCCAGACGAAUGUGAUUUGAACUUGAACUUGUGCCAGCUGGGCUAGAAAUCAUCCUGUGUGCUCACGGCCUGAAGACAUCAACUCUGAGAUUAAUUGAAGGCUUUUUAAAAAGACAAUGGGGGACGUGCAAUUAGAAAAAAAAAAAAUAGAUACUGUAACUAAAUGAUUUGCUUUUUGAUAAGCUGUAGUACUAAAAAAUCUAUUUUGAUUUAAAUGUAAAAUACAUCAUGCAAAUUGUCAUGUCUCUAUAUAAGAGACCAACCUGCGGAGAGAUUUAUUUUAAUGCAGCCGCUUUGCUCAUUAUCAUAAACCAACCAACCAUGUUGGAAUAAUGCAUGAGCGUCAGCCACAUAAAUUUAAAUGGUUGCAGUUUUUAGUGCAGCGUGCGUUGUUUGAGUCGUCUGAGGAGAAUCACCAUGAUUUAUUUCAUUUAUUGCAUUAACACAGGGAUUCCCACAAUUCCUCCUGCCAGGUGCCAGGACAGUUUCACCUACAGCACGUGGAUUAAGUUUAUUAAAGCCUUGUAUCUCCCUGGUGGAUGGGGAAAAGGGGACAUAAAUCCUGGACUAUAGGCUUAAUUUACGUGCCCCUUCAUGGAAAUACAGCCAUACAUCCUCUGUAUGUAAAAUAGUCUCUCAGCGGGACUCGUCUCGAGGCGUCACAGCAUGUGAACUGCCUUUGAAAAGGGCUAUUACCAUGUCAUCUGUAUGUGAGGUUUGUGGUAACUCAUCUGUCGCACAUCUGUGCUUGUCCUGGCGUGAAGUGUUGUUUUAAUUCAUCGUGGUUGCAUGAGAUACUUCAGUGUGGAAAAUUGUGUUUGUGGAGCCGCUAUGGCUUUUCAGUUUAGAUAAAUCCUUGGGUUGAUAGACACUAGUGUAAAAGCAAGGAGUUGUUGCUCUAGGGGUUAAGUGUUAGUUUACAUGGAAUAUAUAAACUGUAUAUUUUCCUACACAGACGUAGAUGUGGGUGAAUGAGAGGGAUGAAAACUGUGGAAAAGUGUAGAUUUUGACAUGAAAGGCCUCAAAGACAUUAAACAACUACAUCAGAUCUUCUCUAAAACAUCUUAGCUCAAAGGUUACCCUUGUUUGGAUGGUUUUAGGGGAGACUCUCUGGAUUAUCAAAGCAUCUUCUGUUGUCAGGAGCCCAGAAACAUUCAGAGAACUGAGAAACAGGCUUGGCUUUAAACUGCCAUUCAAAACCACACCUCACCCCCCAAAAAAAUAUUUUCCAUUAGCUUUGGUGAUAUUUCUCAUUACAAUCUAUCAACACAAGAGAAUUUAUACCGGCAGCGUGCAACCAACAUGUCGUAAAUGUUUACUUCUUAAAUAUAACUUUAUGAAACACAAUGAGCUACUGAAAUGGAGAGAACAUUUUAGGAUAAAAACCUUCCUUUAAACUUUAUCGUUCCAUCCAACUCCAAACAAGGCUGGACAUUUCGGAACGCCGUAAUGAUGUCAUAACGUUUGUCUUUUUCGUAACAUUUUUACGUACACUUACAAAUAUUAUUGUAACUGCCCUGCUGAUUCCUGCCAGUAAAUCCAGAAGUGAAAGUUUACUUUGCCUCCAGUGGAAGUUGAGAUUUUGGUGAGCUCUUGUUAGCUCUGAGCACAACUGUUACUGUGAAGAGAAAUACAUUCCAGUCUUUUUGGCAUUUGCACUAGAAUACGUUAAAAUGUUACACUAACAAUGGUUAUGGCAUCUAAUGAGUCACUAUCAACUGCCUGUAUUUUUAUUUAUUUUUUUAACGCCAGCCCUCUAAACGGUAAAGUUGAAAGGUGAGAGGUAAAAUUUAAUUAGCCACCACCGUAGAGGUAAUCCCUUUAGUCCAACACAAUUGCCAAUGUUCGCAAGUUUGCUGAUGAUGUGAGCUCUUCACUGUCCAGUGAGGCAGCUGGAGACCCUAUGUGGAAGGGCUGGAACUAACACAGACUAUGGUAACACUGUUUACCAUAGAAACUGGUGACAACAAAAUGUGUAAGAAAAUGGGGGAAUCAAUUAUAGAAAAAAAAAGAUUUAAAAGGGAUAAACAAUUGAAAAAGGGAACGGAUGUUCCUAGAAUUGAAUCAAGAGGGUCUUUCUUUUUAAUUCAGGGUGAAAAUAAUUUCAGGGUCCAGAGGUUAAGAAUGUAAAAUAUGAGUUCUUAUGCUAUUUUUUCCUUAAUUGCAUGUCAUAUACUCUAUGUGGAGCCCAAUCACUGUAAACUGUCUGAUCGAUGGAAUUGAAUCAUUCUUUUUGGAAACUAAAUGCAUAACACUAAUAAUAAAAGGUUUAUAAAAA